ACCACAUAAACGUAAUUUCCUGUUAGGCUAUUACGGUGGCGGGAGAAUCCAGCAUGGCGGUGCAGCCCAAGCAAAACCUGUCUAUGGACAGUGCAGCCGAGCAUGGCUUUCUUAACUUCAUUUUCUCCAUGCCGGAGAAACCGGACACCACUUUCAGAAUAUUCGACCGUAACGACUACUACACUGUUCACGGGAAAGACGCCAUAUUUGCGGCGAAGGAGGUUUUCAAAACGAAUGGGGUCAUCAAAUAUUUGGGCUCAGGGAGUCGCAAGCUGGAGAGCGUGGUCCUGAGCAAGCUGAACUUUGAAGCCUUUGUGAAAGAGUUGCUGCUAGUGAAGCACUACAGAGUAGAAGUGUACAGGAACCACGGCAAGAGCAGCAAGGAGCAUGACUGGAAGCUCGAGUACAAGGCCUCUCCAGGAAACCUGACACAGUUUGAGGAGAUUCUUUUUGGUGGUGGAACUGGAGCCGAGGGCUGUGCAGGAGUUGUAGCCGUCCGGUUCGCUACAGGGGCUGAUGGACAGCGUGUGGUCGGGGUCGGAUACGUGGAUGCAGCCCAGAGGAAGAUGGGAGUGUGCGAGUUUCCUGACAAUGAGACGUUCUCCAAUCUGGAAUCUCUGCUUGUCCAGAUCAGCCCCAAAGAGUGUCUCUUAGCCCAAGGUGAAGCCAACACUGAGAGCAAUAAACUACGAGAGGUUGUGCAGCGUGGAGGCAUGUUGAUCUCUGAUAGGAGGAGAGCUGAGUUCAGUAGCAAGGACAUGGUCCAGGAUCUCAACAGGCUGCUAAGAGCCAAGAAAGGAGAGAGCGUGGCCAGCAACACACUGCCUGAGUUUGACAAACAGGUGGCCAUGUCAUGCUUGGCUGCAGUGGUGCGUUUCCUUGAGCUGCUCUCUGAUGAGUCCAACUUCAACUCCUUCAGUCUGACCACUCUGGGCCUGGGACAGUACAUGAGGCUGGACAACAACGCUGUGAGGGCUCUUAACCUCUUCCAGGGUUCACCCGAUGACACCAGUGGAGCCCAUUCAUUGGCCGCUCUGUUGAACAAGUGCCGUACACCACAGGGUCAGCGGUUGGUCAACCAGUGGCUCAAACAGCCGCUCAUGGACAAAACCAGAAUAGAGGAGAGACUAGACCUGGUGGAGAGCUUCGUGUUGGACUCAGAGCUCAGGCAGACCUGUCAGGAGGACCUGCUGCGGCGGUUUCCUGAUCUCCACCGUCUGGCAAAGAAGUUUCACCGUCACACUGCCACAUUGCAGGACUGCUACAGAGUCUACCAGGCUGUGAGCCAGAUCCCUGCCCUCAUCACAGCCCUGGAGAGAUACUCGGGGAGCUACCAGGUUCUGUUGGAGGCAGUGUUCCUCUCUCCUCUGAGAGACCUGCAGACGGACUUUACAAAGUACCAGGAGAUGAUUGAGACGACUCUGGACAUGAACCAGAUUGACCACCACGAGUUCCUGGUGAAGGCUUCAUUUGAUCCUGUGCUGAGUGAGCUGAGAGAAAAGAUGGACAUGCUAGAGAAGAGCAUGCAGGCAGUGCUGAACAGUGCAGCCAGAGAGCUAGGUCUGGAUGCUGGUAAGACUGUGAAGUUGGAAUCGAAUGCCAUGCUGGGUUUUUACCUGAGAGUCACCUGCAAGGAGGAGAAGAGUCUGAGGAACAACAAGAAGUUCACAACCCUGGAUGUGCAGAAGAACGGGGUGCGCUUCACUAACAGUAAGCUGAGCUCUCUGAAUGAGGAGUACACUAAGAGCAGAGAGGAGUAUGAAGAAGCCCAGAAUGCCAUCGUUAAAGAGAUCAUCAACAUCGCCUCAGGUUAUGUGGACCCCCUGCAGACUCUAGGUGACGUGAUCGCACAGUUAGACGCAGUGGCGAGUUUUGCCAUGGCGUCUGUCUCUGCUCCUGUGCCGUACGUUCGGCCUCGCCUCUUAGCUGACGGCAGCAGGCAUAUAGAGCUACUACAGGCCAGACAUCCUUGCAUGGAGACAGAUGCAGACACCGCCUUCAUACCCAACGACAUCACCUUUGUCCAGGGGGAGAAGAGCUUCUAUAUUAUAACAGGACCAAAUAUGGGUGGCAAGUCCACAUUUAUCCGGCAGGUGGGUGUGAUCGCUCUGAUGGCUCAGAUCGGCUGCUUUGUGCCAUGUGAAAAGGCGGAGCUUAGCAUGAUUGACAGCAUUCUGGUCAGGGUGGGAGCAGGAGACAGCCAGGUGAAAGGAGUGUCCACCUUUAUGUCCGAGAUGCUGGAGACCUCUGCCAUUCUGCGCUCGGCCACAGAGAACUCGCUCAUCAUAAUCGAUGAGCUCGGCAGAGGCACGUCCACGUAUGACGGCUUCGGUUUGGCCUGGGCCAUCAGCGAACACAUCGCCUCAAAGAUCGGUUGCUUCUGCUUGUUCGCCACUCAUUUCCAUGAGCUGACGGCGCUGGCGGCACAGCAGCCCACUGUCCACAACCUGCACGUCACAGCCCUGACCUCCCACAACACACUCACUAUGCUGUAUAGAGUCAAACCAGGUGUGUGUGAUCAGAGUUUUGGUAUCCACGUUGCCGAGUUAGCUUGCUUCCCUCCAUCUGUGGUUGCCAUGGCAAAGGAGAAGGCGGAGGAACUCGAGGAGUUCCAGGAACCUGCGGGGGAGAAGUCAGAGCAGGAGGAAGAGCCUGAAGCCAAAAGACGACGAACAGACAAACAAGUCGGGGAAAUGCUGAUCCAGGACUUCCUGGAGAAGGUGAAGUCACUUCCUGCUGCUAUCAUGAGCGAAGAGGAGGUGAAAGCAGAGCUCAGGAGAAUGAAGCACGAGUUGGUCGCCAAAAACAACACGUACGUCGCAGAGAUCCUUGCACGCUGUGUUCAUGUAAAAAAUGCUUAAUUUGUAAACACGUUUAUCUGCUAAACACAGGUUAAAGUUCAUGUAUCACAGGCAAACACUAGACCGCUUAUAUUGUAUAGGUUUUCAAUAAAGUAGUAUUUCUAGA